CCAAUGGUCAGCGCCGACAGACCCGUAUAACACUGUGUUACUACGGGGCUAGUCAUGGUUUAUACACGUCAAUUCGGGGUGACUUUUUAGUUGAGCUGGGAUCUUCUCCCAGGAUCCUUCCUGCUGUCGUGUCAUGGUCAUUUGCCUAAGGCCUGCUGGUAGAAUCCUUCUGGGCCACAGGUUUCGUUUCUCUAAUCGAAAAUGUCAGGCUCUUUUUUCAUUUAGAGGCUUCAACGCGAGGUCUAUUUCCUCCGGCCCCUCCGUCAACAACCCUUCCUCUCAUCCAUACACCGUUAGACCUCCUCGCUCAAGGGCAAAGCACCUUCGCUGUCCUGUUCCUCGAUCGGAACGAACCGACAUUGCAAAAUGGAUUCCCUUUUUAGACAGAUUCCUCCCGUCGCAUUUGCGGGAGGGCUCCGUCGAUUGUUUGGAGGAUGGAGUGCGGAGUGAGGCCGAGCAAUGCCAGGCGAUACUACAGCUACUUUUCCAGGCCAGAUCCUUCAUGAAUUUCGAUCUACUCGCUUAUAUGGGCUUCAAGAUGAACAGAUGGAAUGCCGUAAGGGCUCUUGUGGAUAAAUUGCUUGACAAUGCAGAGGCAUUGCGCUCGAAGCAUGCCGGUCGAAAUGAUCUCCCUUCGAAUAUCGAUUGGAAAAGUAUGGGGCGAUCGUUUGACGAGAUUACCGGAGAUGAGCUUUAUCGAACUCUAGCUAUAUCUGUCCAGGGUAGUACCGAUUUUCGAUCCCUAGACUCGUACGAUUCCUAUUCCGAAGAACCUAUUUUGGGAACUCGAAUGGGUGAAACGAACCUUCGCGUUGGGACCAUGGAGGAGCUAUGGCAAAGCCUGGGUUAUUUCAUCAUCGAGGCGGCAGAUAUGCGCCAGGAGGAAUCGGCGUUGAUAAUGCAUCACUUUUAUUAUAUCGUUGCUCGUCUGCACAAUUUAGACUACAUUCCAAGCAACGUUUACAAAGAUACACCAAUUCGAGGAUCUUAUCCGCUCUUACGCCCACCAGCAAUGCACCUGCUAUCUACACGUAUUAUGACUAUUCUGACAGACACGAUGUUAGAAGCAAGAAUGGAGGAAUUAUCCACUUCUACCGACCAACAGUCGUCCAUGGAAUGGUUACGCUCCUCGAAAACAGAACUCGGGUUCGGUGUUUGGCUUGAAUUUAUUCUCUGGUGCUGCGUAGAAGGAGGCUAUGCUCGUGAAGCUGCCUGGAUCUUGCAAAGCACACGAAACCGCUCGAAGGAAUGGAAAGUGGCUAGCUUCGCUCGGCUGCUAAAGACCAUCGGCCCAAUUGAUCCCAAAAAAAUAGACCAUCACGACACUUGGGAACAAUGCGGAAACUCGUCGCGAAUAUCAACCAUGGGGAGGCCCAAGGGUUCAUUUCUAGGAAUGGGAGAGCGAACCAUCACUCAUGAAGUUGUCGUUGCUGUGAUGGACGGACUUACUAACGCUGUUAGAACCGGUGUCGGUUUCCGGGGAGAUUCGGCGCCGCAUGUCUGGGAACGUCUCGGUUUACUCCGGGGACUCCUAAAUAAAAAUAUGCUCUACGUUGGCGCAGGGUUCGUUAAUUACUUGAUUAUGAGAAUCCUUGAGGCCGGAGGCAUCGUUGCUGAAGUGAAGCCUCAAGCCCUUGAGCUGCUCCUAGACGUUUCGCCCUCGAUUACGACUGCGGAUGAACUUGAAAUGCCACUCGAAAAACUGGCUGAAUUGUCAAACAAAGGAGUAAUUCCGAACAAAUCCGCAAUGAUAUUGGGUUUAUACCAUUAUACCUUGAAUGCAUAUGCAUCUUCCGGUCACAUCUCGGGCACAAUUGACGUUCUGGAAAAGCUUGUUGCAGCCGUGGAUUAUACGCGAAUCCACAUGAUCCGUCAGUCAAUUAUGGAGUCUAGAUACGUUACAAAAGCCUAUAAUGUGCGCAAAUCAAGCCUGAAAACCCCGUUAAACAAUGGAUCAAAUGACCAUGAAAUGUCGCCAUUAGGUAGACUUCAGCUGCCUCCAUCUUCUCUCAGCCUUCUUCUCAGCGUUUUCACCAAUUCGCGGGCGUUUAGCCUAGCAUCGUGGGUCGUCAACCCGCGUGAAUCUGCGGGACCGAUAAUUCCGUCUGACAUGUACAGGGACGAGGUUCUGGCGCCUACCCUGAUCCAGUUCGCAACCGCAACGAAUAAUAGUCACUUGCUCUCCAAUGUUUUGGAACGCGUGGCUCGCCCGUGGCCAGUAUCCAUUCUUCAUCACAUGCUUGAUUACAGGAUCGCAAACUUUCGUUGGAAACAUGCUCUUGAAUUGCUAGUACAGCUCCGGGACGUUGAACGAAUCCAAUGGGUACCGAACAAUGUCGCAACCCUUGCCGCUACCAUCAUAAAGCUAGAUCAGCCGGACAACCUUCUUCCACAAUUUUCUUCUUCCGAAGACCAGCGCCAGGCGUUAGAACAGGCCACACAUAUCUUAACGUAUAUGCUAGAAGGUAAAUUCAGUGCUCGUGAAGACUUCUCGAAGGAACGUGAUUUUCACCCUGCACAAAUGUUAUAUCAGCUCCACCGCAUCUUCAAAUCAGCGGGGUCACCCGCUCUUUUGGAUGUUUGCACAAAAGUGAAGCUCAAAUGGCAACGUCCCGUUGAAUCUUCCUGCUAUGUACCAGCUAAUGCAUUUCGCACUCUUAUCGCCGCUGUCGUCGAAGUUUACGGUAGUGCUGCUGGUCGACAGCUCUACACUAAAUGGUGCAUGUAUCCUGCGACCCCUCGCGCUCGACGUAUUGACUCCGGGGGUAACACUCGGCUUUUCUAUUCCUCACAGCUGAAUCCGGAGACUGGAGGAGUAGUUCCUAUCUUCGAUUCACGUUGGCAUGCAGGCAAUGCUGGAAAGUUGGUCAUGCCAAACCUCGAUAUCGUCCGAACCAUCGCGCUGUGUGCCCUUAAAGAUCAAACGGACUUGACGACGAAGAGCAAAGAAGCGUCGCCCGAGGUCACAGACGAAAGUGUCACUUCUGUGCUAAACUGGUGUAUGCGGGUUUUCUUUGAUUUGGGCUUGACAGACAGGGAAGUCGACCGAGAAUUAGACGGGUAUUUAACUCGUAUCAGAGACAGAUUGCGACGCGAGCAAGCCUCCGAAGAAUAAUACAUAUGUAAAUAUGUU